GGUAGAGACAGGACAGUGAAAACAAACCACAGGGAAGGAAGGGUACAGAUCUACAAUGAGCGGCUUUAACCCUGGUCCACGCGUUGUGACCAUCUACAAAACUGAUACAGGGUUUGGGUUCAAUGUAAGAGGUCAAGUAAGCGAAGGAGGUCAGUGGAGACCUAUCAAUGGGGAGUUAUAUCCUCCUCUUCAGCAUGUCUCAGCGGUGUUAGAAGGAGGGGCGGCAGAGCAAGCUGGUAUACGGAAGGGCGAUCGUAUCUUGGAAGUAAAUGGAGUGAAUGUUGAGGGUGCUGAACAUCGUUAUGUUGUUGAGCUCAUAAAACAAGGAGGCGAUGUGCUAAAGCUGACUGUGAUCUCUGUAUCUAGAAAGGAAGCCGAGAGGUUAGAACCAAGUGAAGAAACCUCAGGAUUUUCCUAUAUCGACUACAGUGAAAAACGUUCCCUUCCAAUAUCAAUCCCAGACUACUCUUACAUUGAAUCUGGUGGAGAUAAAUAUGUGGUGUUCAAUAUUUACAUGGCUGGGCGUCACCUGUGUGCUCGCAGAUAUAGAGAAUUCUCCAAUCUCCACAAUAACCUAAAGAGGGAGUUCAUGGAUUUCAACUUUCCCAAAUUACCAGGAAAAUGGCCGUUUUCACUAUCAGAACAGCAGUUAGAUGGGCGACGCCGAGGUUUGGAACUGUACCUUGAGAAAGUUUGUGCUGUGAGGGUUAUAGCAGAAUCAGAUAUCAUGCAAGAUUUUCUUAAUGAUUCUGAUGAUCACCAAGGCAACAGUAUUCGUGUGGACCUGAAGGUAUUGCUGCCAGACAAGAGUGUGGUAACAGUUACACAGGCAAAGAAUGUUCUUGCUCAUGAAGUUUAUCAAGCUGUGGUUGAAAAAAUUAUUAUCCCUCCAGAGACUGCUAAAUGUUUUGCUCUUUUUGAAAUUGUAGAAUAUAAUUUUGAACGAAAAAUUAGUGAUGAUGAGUUUCCUCACAAUUUAUACAUUCAGAACUACAGUACGGCAACAGCAACAUGUCUUUGUCUUCAUCGAUGGAUCUUCAAUCCACACAGAGAACUUCGUCUGUGCAGCUCUGAUGAUAUAGCACAUACGUGGUUGUUCUGGACAGCAGUAGAAGAUGUUAAUAGAGGACACAUUAAACCAACAGAUCAAUUAUAUCAGUUAAAGGCACUUCAGGAUGUAGCUCGCAAAGAACAGUAUUUACAGGUUGUUCGGGGAUGUGAAGGCUAUGGUGAUAUUGUUUUCCCUCACUGUCCCUGUGAUUCCCGGAAGAAGGGUCAUGUAGUUGCAUAUGUGGGGUAUAAAUCAUUUAGGUUACAAGCCUGUAAAGAAGAUGGCACCUUACAAACUCAAGUAAUUGACUUUGCAUGGUCAACUGUUGAGAAAUUUGAAGUGGAUGAUGAAGCAAUGGCAUUUUGUUUUCUCUACAGGCAAACAGAAGAAUUAAUCAGAUGGGUUAAGAUAUUUACACCAUAUUAUCACUUCAUGGAGGAAUGUUUCCAGCGAAUCCAAGAAGAACAGCAGUGGACGUAGGGAGCUAGAAAUCAUAGCAGAUAGAUAGAAGGAAUAAAGGAUGUAUAUGGGACUAAAAAUGUUCUAAAUA